AAUAUCUAGCCCUUAAUUGAUAAACCGAGCCGAACAUGCUGGUACGCGCUGCGCGGUUGCGCCUACUUCGUCGCUCCUUCUCCAGCGCUGCAGAUGACGCAUGGAAGUUCACGCAUGUGAGCCGUGACGGCACGUCCCCUCAUAUGGUGGACGUGGGGUCCAAGAAAGUCACGCGUCGGUCUGCCACUGCUCGCUCGACAAUCCGCCUGCCUCCGUCAGUUCUUGCAGAGCUGCAGAAGCUCGGAGACGACCAGUUAAUGGGUCCCAAAGGCCCCAUUGCUUCCACCGCAGUGAUCGCCGGAGUCCUAGGCGCCAAACAGACGAGCUCACUCAUCCCGUUCUGCCAUCCGCUGCCUCUGGACGACUGUCAAGUGCGUCUGAAGGUCACAGGACCGGACGCUAUCGAUGUUGAAUGCCAAGUGAAGGUCACACACAAGACUGGAGUGGAGAUGGAGGCGCUUACAGGUGCAUCUAUAGCCGCCCUCUGUGUCUACGACAUGUGCAAGGCUCUGAGUCACGAGAUUGUGAUCGAAAGCACGCGUCUAGUUGAGAAAACCGGCGGCAAAAGGGACUUCUCGGUAGAUAAAUAAAUACUUUAAGUACUGUCAGACGAGAAAAUCUAGCCGUCCGAGUCGGCGUAUGCCUCAUCCGAUUCGUAGCCCAGUUCCUCCUCCAUUUCAUCGUCCGAUUUGUUGGCUGGCGCUUUUGGAGCAGGUUUGGGAGGAGAAUUAUCUUCGAUCUCAUCGUCGGCGUAUUCUUCUUCGUUGUCGUCUUCGUACUCGUCAGCGGAAGCUUCGGCUUGUGGAGUGGGUUUGUCUUCUUCAGAUGGAGAGCUUUUAGGGACAGCAGGAGCGUCGUCUUCUUCGUAUUCGUUGUUGUACUCGUCUUGAUCGUCUGCGUAUGCGUCUUCAACUUCUUCGGGCGCAUCCGCCAC